GAGCAAUUGUUUAUUCGAGUAUUUUUAUCAAUCGUUCGCAAAGCUCACUCACAGACGGGGUUUCCGCUAAUUUCGCUCAACAGAAUUGCACAUUAAACACAAAAAUAACACAUAUUGGUGCAAACAAAACAGUGCAAAACACAAAACAAAGUGCUGCCCACUAUUGUAAAUAAGUUUUGUGUGUUAAACGCGCCGCACAAGUGCCAAACUCACGUGAUGAAAAUACGCCUAAAAAGCUAAACGUAAAAAAGUGGGAGGGGAAUCAGUUUUUCCUAAAUUUGUUGCAAUAAGAAAUGCCGAUUUGUCUCGAAUUAAAAAAAAGUGUGUACUAGUUACAAACUAUGUGUGCCCAGUGCACCAAAUGCCAAGCGGCCACUAGAGCGCCGCCUACGCAGAUUAACUGUUUAAAGGAGCGCACAAACAAAAAGUGAGAGAGUGAGAACGGGUCCAUGUUUGAACAUGUCGAGUGCGAGUCCUAAUACCAUAAAUGCGCAAUACAAAUACAAAGCAAAGCAUUAGUGUCGUCAGCAAGGAGCCUGCCCCACAGACUUUGAACUUGCGCGUGUGUGCGUGCGUACGUGCGUGUAUGUGUGUAUGAGGAAAACAAAAGAAAAGCACGCGAAACGCAAAACAAUAACAACUAAGCGAAUAUAUAUAAAUAUGUGGCCACAACUGUGCUGCCUGUUGGCGCUAAUCAGCGCCAUCUGUGCUACGCCGAUUGAGAUAGUCAUAAAUACCACAAAUGAUGCUUCAAUGCGUGGGGGGACCAAAUAUCUGCCAACUGCAAGCACAACGACAACAACAAAAACUGCAGUUGCAGUAACAACAGCAGCCACAACAACAAAUCAAACAGCUGGCGCUUAUCUAACUAAAUCGUCGCAGUCGCUAGCUGAUAACGGCGACCAUGGCAACAACAACAACAACGCAGAUGGCAGCGGCGGCGACAACAACAACAACAACAACAAGAACACGGGCAACUACAGUGCGGUGCCAAUUCAAUUGCCGCCUGGACAGUCAGCAAAGUCGUUGCCCACAUACGCGCCGCUGCACAACAAGAAGCAAGAAAAAAAUCUGAAGUGCCAUUGUGACAUCUGCAAGGAUACGAAUCACAUUUGCGAUACGGAUGGAUACUGCUUCACUUCGGUGGAAAAGGAUAGCGACAACAAAAUUAUAUUCAGCUAUAGAUGCCUCAACAUGUCCCAGAGCUUUCCGCCGGGCCGUUUUAUCUGGUGCAACGAGGGUACCCAUGGCGGUCCGACAGCUCGUCCGGCGGCACGGCGUGGUGGUCACGCCUGUUGCAAGGAUCGCGACUUUUGCAAUCGAGACCUGCGUCCCAUAAUCAAGCAUUAUGUGCUAAGCGGAACAUCCUCCGGUGGUAAUCAACAGUCAUCGUCGGUUGUCUACGAAGAUUUUGGGCCACAUGAGACGCUGAGCAGUUGGGAACUGGUGGCCAUUAUUGUGGGUGCCACACUCAUUAUUUGCCUCUCGGGCACUUUGGCUUGGUAUUAUUGCCAGCGGCGCAAGCGCUUGGCCAAUGGCAGACCGUUUGCCAAGGAGGACUCUGUCUAUGAUCCAAUACUCAAUGGCAAUACCACGCUGCAUGACAUUAUUGAAAUGACCACAUCGGGCUCGGGAUCAGCUGGCUUGCCACUGUUGGUGCAGCGCUCCAUAGCGCGUCAAGUGCAGCUCUGUCAUGUUAUUGGUAAGGGACGCUUCGGUGAGGUUUGGCGUGGACGCUGGCGUGGCGAGAAUGUUGCCGUCAAGAUAUUUUCCAGUCGUGAGGAGUGCUCCUGGUUUCGUGAGGCUGAGAUUUAUCAAACGGUUAUGCUGCGUCAUGAGAAUAUUUUGGGCUUUAUAGCAGCGGAUAAUAAAGAUAAUGGCACUUGGACGCAGCUCUGGCUGGUCACAGACUAUCAUGAGAACGGUUCGCUUUUCGAUUAUCUGACCACGCACACUGUGGACACCAAUACCAUGCUGAAUAUGGCUCUGAGCAUUGCCACUGGGCUGGCGCAUCUGCACAUGGACAUUGUUGGCACACGCGGCAAGCCCGCCAUAGCACAUCGAGAUCUCAAGUCCAAGAACAUACUGGUGAAGUCGAAUUUGAGCUGCGCUAUUGGUGAUCUGGGUCUGGCGGUGCGACAUGUGGAAAAGGAUGACUCGGUGGAUAUACCGUCGACGCAUCGCGUGGGCACCAAGCGCUAUAUGGCGCCAGAGGUGCUGGAUGAGAGCAUGAAUGCCCAGCACUUUGAUUCGUAUAAGCGUGCGGAUGUUUAUGCCUUUGGCUUGAUACUCUGGGAAAUUGCGCGUCGCUGCAAUAUGGGCAUGAUCUUUGAGGAGUAUCAGCUGCCCUAUUGGGAUGUGGUGCAGCCAGAUCCAAGCAUUGAGGAAAUGAAAAAGGUCGUUUGUAUUGAAAAAUGUCGGCCGAAUAUUCCGAAUCGCUGGCACGCCUCGGAUGUGCUGCACAAUAUGGCCAAGGUCAUGAAGGAGUGCUGGUACCCCAAUCCUGUGGCGCGCCUAACCGCACUGCGCAUUAAGAAAACACUCGCCAGCAUACGCGUCGAGGACAAGGUCAAGAACUGAUUGUGGCUCUAGUGUGCAGCCAAGUGGAAUGUGUUUUUUUUUACUGUACACAUCGCACCUGUGUAACCCUUAACCUGGCCCGUGUUACCUUCAAGCAACAAGCAGCAAAACAAAAAAGAAAGAAAAUGCAUAAAAAAAAAGAAUAGAAAGAAAGCAACUAACAAGAAAAUAAUUGUAAAUAUUUAGGACCAACAACAAAUACCAAGCGUCAUGCUCAUACGCCCCCCUCAAGCUUGCUUUGCAUAUUGAACUAUGCUCGCAUUAGUUCUAUUGUUUUCCCAUUAAACUAUAUUUAGUUUUCAUUGA